CAUAGAGACGGAAAGAAAUAGUCCCUUCUUAGUUAAUCGGGGUUAUCAAUUAUACCACCCCCGCCAAAUCGGUUCAGUUUUGGAAUCACUUUCCAUUUCCACGAUAGAAAUGGCUUCUCUCUUCUCCUCCGCUCCCAUUCUAAACGCAGUAGCGUAUAUCCCUUCCAACAGUACAGUACGGCGGGCGAGAGGAUUUUCGUUUGCGCCGGCCUUCCAUUUUCCGGUCGAAUUUAAUCGGAGAAGCCUCAGGCGAUCGUUCUCGCUUCUGCGCGCGAAGAGCAGCGGAGACGAAGAACCAGAGGAGUUCGUUGAAGAGCUUAGGGUUCCAAUCCACUGGACGGAACCAUCUAAAGCGUUAGAGGUGUCGGAAUGGCUGAGAGUUACUCUCAACAAGUGGUUGGAUGAUGAGUACUGCCGGGAAGAUGCGAAUUUGGAAAUUAGCAAGGUGGCUUCCGCCUCAUUCUGUAAAUCAUUAAUGGAGAAACAGAUGGAGAUAGGUGAGAUAUUGUUGAAGAUGGCUAAAGAUUUGGAGUCCAUUUCCUAUAAAGAGAGCUUUCAUGGAGCAUUUUCAUCAGCAAAUGCAGCAGUGGAUCUCAUAAUCCGAAGAAUUGAGCAGGAGAUGUAAAGCUUUACUGCAAUCUCUAAGGCCUGUUUCCCUUUAACUCCAUUCUCAAGAAUUGUUUUCUUACUGUCAUUAUUCUUCAAGUGAUAACUGAUAAGGUCAAUGUACUAGAUUGAUUUGCAUGGUUCUGGAUUUUGAAGGUUGGCAAUUUAUGUGUUUCUGCUCUGUAAUAGUUUUUCUCAUGGCUUCUAUUGAAGUUGACUUUCAUCAUAUUGUUAUGGUCAUUAGUCCAGUACUUGGACUGUGUUUAUCUCUGAAAUAAGAUCUCUCUGCAAGGACCUCCACUGGUCAUGUGACAAAAUAUCCAG